AUGCAUAGCGUGGGGGGAGCUACGUCGCUAACGGAGCAACCCCGGUCGAGUGUGGCGCUGGCCGGAAGUAUUUGCUUUCUCGCGAGAAUGGGCGUCACCCCGCUAGUGAUUUUUAGAUUGGCUCUACUCCUGGGUUUAGUUGUGUUGUGUCGGAAUGAAGAAACAAAAAAAUCCUUAGAUGUUGGUGGGCCGAGCUCGGGCGGAAGGGAGCAGGGAGAUGAGAGGCCUAGCUCAGGCGAAGAAAAGAAGCAGGUGCCUAUGGCGCUCCAACCAGUAGGGACUGUUAGUGUGCGGACGAGUAGUCCUACACCUCGCACUCUCCAGAGUCUGGUGGUGAGGCUCAGGCUCACCAUUUUCAGGGAGCCUAUCGAAAUCAUCAUCUGUCGUCAGUAUGAUGUCCACCAUCUCAGACGAGGAGGACAUAAGCCGCUUUUGACGUUGUAA